GGCGGGAUCUGGAAGCUUCCGCCGGACGGGUAUAUAGAGUCCGGGACGGGGCAGCAGCGGAGCCGGAGGCGGCGACAGCUGGGCGGCGGUGGCCAUGGGCAAGGACUACUACCAGACGCUGGGCCUGGCCCGCGGCGCGUCCGACGACGAGAUCAAGCGGGCCUACCGCCGCCAGGCGCUGCGCUACCACCCGGACAAGAACAAGGAGCCCGGCGCCGAGGAGAAGUUCAAGGAGAUCGCCGAGGCCUACGACGUGCUCAGCGACCCGCGCAAGCGCGAGAUUUUCGACCGCUAUGGAGAGGAAGGUACGCGUGCGCGCGGCCCGGGUGACCCGCCGUUUGACAGGCGAGGAAACCGAGGCACUCGGGGCCUCUCUGAGGCUUCGGCGGGGGACAGAUGGUCCGGGGAUCCCGCGGCGGCGCUGCCUCCUCCACCUUCUCUCUAAUCGGCGGCCUCAGACGGGAGGAGGAGCUCUGGGCCUGAAGGGUGGUGGCCCCAGUGGCGGGAGCAGUGGUGGUGCUAAUGGUACCUCUUUCAGCUACACAUUCCAUGGAGACCCUCAUGCUAUGUUUGCUGAGUUCUUCGGUGGCAGGAAUCCCUUUGAUACCUUUUUUGGGCAGCGCAACGGGGAAGAAGGCAUGGACAUCGAUGACCCGUUCUCUAGCUUUCCGAUGGGUAUGGGCGGCUUCACCAAUAUGAACUUUGGACGUUCCCGCCCUACUCAAGAGCCCACCCGGAAGAAGCAAGAUCCCCCAGUCACCCACGACCUUCGGGUCUCCCUUGAAGAGAUCUACAGCGGCUGUACCAAGAAGAUGAAAAUCUCCCACAAGCGGCUGAACCCUGAUGGAAAGAGCAUUCGAAAUGAAGAUAAGAUCCUGACCAUCGAAGUGAAGAGGGGCUGGAAAGAAGGGACCAAAAUCACCUUUCCCAAGGAAGGGGACCAGACCUCGAACAACAUUCCAGCUGACAUCGUCUUUGUUUUAAAGGACAAGCCACACAAUAUCUUCAAGAGAGAUGGUUCUGAUGUCAUUUAUCCAGCCAGGAUUAGCCUUCGGGAGGCUCUCUGUGGUUGCACUGUGAAUGUUCCUACUCUGGACGGCAGGACCAUUCCUGUUGUAUUCAAAGAUGUCAUCAGGCCUGGCAUGCGGAGGAAAGUUCCUGGAGAAGGCCUCCCCCUCCCCAAAACACCUGAGAAACGUGGAGACCUUGUUAUCGAAUUUGAAGUCAUCUUCCCUGAUAGGAUCCCCAUCUCAUCCAGAACCAUCCUGGAGCAGGUUCUUCCCAUAUAGCUGCCUGCAUUCCUCAAGGACUGAGCCAGGGACCUUUCCAGAGCUGCAGAUUUCCAGACCGUUCCACUGGUUGCAUACUGCGGGAGGGCCCAGGGAGGGCUUUUGCUCUGCCGAAUGUUUUCCACAGAAUAUAUUACAAUCUUUCAAAGUCGCGCACUAGACUACAGUGGUUUUUCGAGCGAUAGGCAGGCGGUGGGAACAGCAGCCCUCCUGGAAUGGACCCACCCUUUGCACCCCAGCUCCUGCCCGAGGGUGUGAGGCAGGCCUGCAACUGGACUCUUCCCCUCUGCUGUCCUUAGGUUCUGGCUGUCACGUGACAGUGGCCCACCAUCUCGGUUGCCAGACCCUGUGCACUAAUCAGUCUCCACUGUGUGAGAGGUUCUUGUUUUAUUCUGUAUUUGUCCCCUGCCUUGUCCUCCUCCCCAGAAGAAUCCUGUCUUGUCUUGGCCAUCUCAAAUUGAGACCAAUUCUUUAGAACUGCCAGGCCAGCAUCACAAGCAAUACCUGGUUGCAGGACCACAGGGCCAGCCUCCUUCCAGGUUCUGGGGCCUGGACAGCCAGGAGAUCCCCUGGACCUCUGGCUCUCUUGAAAUCAGAUGGCUGCCUUACAGUCACAGUACUUGCUGGUCCAGAGGUAGCCCUUGGCCACACCUGGCACUUCUCAGAGGUGCAGGUGACUUUUUUGUGUGUGUGUAUGUGUGUGUGUAAUGGACUCAACUUUCUCAAAAGGAUACAGUCCUUUUGAAUUUUGCACAGCCCUAGAUAUAAUCCCUUUUGAUAAAAGGGCCUUUGCUUCUGAUGAAAGGAGCACCGUGGAACGUAUGUAAAUAUGUUUUUAUAAUUCCAUGCAAAGCUGGUGUGCACUUGGAUGAAAGCAGUCCCUGUCAACUACUGCCUGUCCAGGGCUGUGAUGAGUCAGACCUGGGGAGGGAAUGGAUCUGUUCUUUGGAGCUAGCCUGGUGCUCUGACCAUUCGACUCAUUGUAAGUUGCCACUACCAACACAAGACCAAAGUGUGUGACUUGUCAUUAUGCAGUGUGACAGCAUUAAAGACUGAUGCUAAACCUCA